GGCGUAAAAAAGAGAAAGGCGAGAACAAGAGAAUGGGUUGGGGGCAAUAGUAGAAAGAAAGAAGAGACAGGAGGACAAGUUGGUAAUUUGGACUUAAAGAGAGGGACAGUUUCGUUCGGGUUGUGGUUGGGCGCGGUGCGCAGCCAAUCCCAUCGCGUCGCCACCCUUUCUUUCAUUUUUCAUCAUUCCAAUCCAAAUCCUUCCUUCCUUCCUUCCUUCCAUGCCAAAACCAAAACCCUAAUCAAUAAUCUUCUACAGAAUAACAAUGAUCCCCUCAAAUCCCUAAUCCCUAAUCCCAAUGCCAUUGAAGAAAGAAGCAAUGAUUUCGAAUCCAGAAUUGAUCCACUACGCGUGCAUUGCUCGAUCGGAGACGAUCCUGGGGCAGCACCAGAGCGAGAAGGAGCCUAACAUGGAGGCCUUAGCAGCCCAAUGCGUGGCCCAAGCCCCUCCCAACCACACCCUCUUCUCCCACACCGUCCAUAACCGCACCUACACCUUCCUCAUCGACCCUCCCUUCGUCUUCUUCGCCAUCUCCCACCACUCUCUCCUCAAAUCCCAAACCCUCCCUUUCCUCCACCGCAUCAGAUCCUCCUUCCGCCAAACCCUACCACCCUCUUCCAACAAUAAUCACCAUUUUGCCCCUCUCUCUUUCCAAUCCCAAUUCACCUCCAUCUUCCAAAACGCGCUUCACCACCACCACCACCACCACCACCAUCAGCUACAAGCCUCUCCUCCUCCUCCUCCUCCUCCUCCUCUGAACCCUCCACCUCAGGGCUUGAAGAAAAAGAAAAGGCCUAACGACGCGCCUGGCACGCUCGACGUCUCCGACGACGUCGUUUCGCUCAAGCCCCACCACCAGCCUCUCAACUACAACCACAGCAACAAGGCCAAACACGUGUGGAAGAAACACGUGUGGGUCCUCCUCAUCCUUGACUUGUUCGUCUGCGCGGUUCUCUUCGUCAUCUGGUUGUGGGUCUGCAGCGGCUUCAAGUGCAUGGCCUAUUGAAUCAUCCAAUUUCUCAAUACUUUUUUCUCUCUCUCAAAAUUGAAUAAAAAAACAAAAAAAGUUCACGUUUUUUUCGUUUUCGGUUUCGUUUUUGUCCCUUCUUCUUUCUCUGGAAGGACGUGGGAUUUUUUAGCUUCUUGUUUUUAUUUUAUCCACACUUGAUAACUGUGAAAGUUGCAGACUGCAGAGAGAGCUUAAGCAUAAGCAUACCUGUUAUGUAUAUGUAAUAUGUAAUUGGGGGGUUUUGGUUUGCUUCUUCUUCCUUCUUCUUUUCUUUUCUUUUUGUUUCCAAUUUCCAUUGGAAAUUUCCUUCUUUUUUUCUUAAUGGGAAUUGCAUAUCCAACUAUCAAGGAUCCAUCUUGUUAACUUGUCAUGUUCAAUUGUGCAAAAUUACAGACUCCAUAUGUUCACUAUCAUAUUAUAAUUUAUCUUCUUUUCUGCUUGCUAAA